CUUGACUUUUCCCACGAGUGUGGCAAAGAAGAAGUUUUCAACGAAUUUGGUCUGCUUUGCAAGAAAAGACGAAUCGCAUAACAAUAAUUGAUGACGAGAAAAACAUCUUCCUGCUGACCUGGUCGACAUUUGACUAACAAGGAUAGUUCUUUUAAAGAAACGGACCAGCAGGAAGACGAAGCAACCUGGAUAUCAUUCUCUGAGAAGUUCGAGAACUUAAACUUUCAGGUAUUCUUCGCAGUAGCAUGAUAGGAAUAUUGUGGACCAUUCCAUUGCUUGCUGUCUUCACUUUCGCUAACGGGCAAAAUUAUGGAGUCUAUGGAGGAUAUCAGUAUCGACCACAGUUUCCACCUUACUACAAAAUGGCGCCCGUCUACAGCUGGUACCAACGAGAUGCAAACCCAACACCUGCUGUGGAAAUGGAACCGAAAUCUCAAGAUAUUACUCCAUUCGAAGUGCAGGGACUGUUGUAUCACAAUCUUCAUCGUAAACUGCAUAACACUCCAGAUCUUCAACUCGACCAUGAGUUGAGCCUUCAGGCUGCACGAUAUGCCCAGCAGAUUGCCCAAAGUUUGAGCGUAAAACAUUCUCCAAUUCUAAGCCGACCAGGGCAAGCAGAAAACAUCUUCUUACGCUGCAAAGCAUUCAGUACAGGAGUGUCUGCUUUUGAGGCAGUCCAAGAAUGGUAUUCUACUGUUUGCCACUGGGAUUUUGAUAAACCAAUCCCUGUAAACGAAAAAGGGAAACCAUUCAGCAGGAUUGUAUGGCGAACAAAUCAGCAGCUUGGAAUUGGACGGGCAAAUUUUCCCGUAGACAAAUUCAAUUGUACUGCCGUAGUGGCCCGAUACAGUCCUUACAUCAACGCGCAGAAUUACAUGGAAAACGUUCAAAAGGGGAAAUUUGUUCCAACUGGCUGUCGUUAUAUAAAUGCAGUAGACAAUGACCAAUUUAUUGUGAAUCCUGAAGCUGGAAAUGGUUGCCAAAAGAUUUCUGGAUUUAAAGGGCAAAUGCUACAUGAAAGCUCCUCUUGCACAAUAAAAAAGUUAUUUGCAAUUUUUGGAGCUUCAGUGAGAAGAGGAAAACAAGGAUUUAGUGUUGUUUUAUAACAGCAAGGGAAUUUUUUAGCUUUGUUUUUUCUUGUCAUCUUUGAUUUCAAAACUACGGUUGUACCUGACUUGACCAGUAAAGCAGCAUGUGGAAAACAAUUGGAAAAUGGACGAAUUGUAGAUGUCAAUGACAAGGAGGAAAGAAGAGAAACAAGAUCAAAACAACAACCUGGUAAUAACUUCAGCAUCAGUGUAUUCAAAACUGAAGUUCGUAUUUCCCUUUAAUAAUAUUACAAUAAGUCAGUGGAAUGUUGAAGCUGAUCGAACGGUUACCGCUGAGUUAAAAUACCACGUUAAUCAUGUCAGAAUAGUAAAGGAGGUAUUUAGGUAAAGUAGAAGAGAGAAUUAAUCGUUUGAAUGUGGGAAAUUAUUGCCUUUUAAUUUUUUUCUUUGAAAUUUCUAUCUGAUUAAAGUUAAAUGUAAUUUAAAAUUAGGAUGUUAUUUAUUGAUUUUAAUGCACAUUGUAGAGCCCGGCGGGUGAAUUAGUAAUAUGUAAACAUUUACUAUCAUUUACAAGGUUUUUCUGUUUCUUUGCAUUAUCGUUACGCAUCUCGUCAGAUGUUCUGUUGAUCACUGGUACUCAGGCCGGAUCAUCUUAAAACGCUUUCCACUACUGUUAAAGCUUCCGGGGUUGAGAAUUCUCAAACGCUUUUAAUGAGCAAUAAUUAAAUGUGUUGUUUUACUUGAUUUAAGUUACAAUGAAAGUCUUAGGGUCUUUCUGACAGUGACGUAUUAUUUUUGAGAAAAUAUCUAUACAACUACGAAGAUUUAUUUUUUAUAAUUACUCAGGAUUAAUCAACUUAGAAAGUUAAAUCUCAAUGCUUACAUGUACAAGUUAUGAGUCUAGUUAGCUUCGUUUUCUAUAAAGUACUUCGAACUAUAGAUUAAAAAUAAAAGUCAUCUGUGUAUGAUUAGAAAUUGAGUUUUAAAUCUAUUAUGUUCUUUCUAAAUGUCCUCUAACUACUAAUAAGGAACACCACUCUAAUCAAAGUUACUGCCGGACGCCAUCCUGCCACCUUAAUGGAAUAUUUGAGCGUUCACGUGUCGUCGAUCAAAGUUAGUUACUAGAGUAGUUAUUACUUUUGCAAAUCACUGAACUUUCGUUGGGAGACAUCCGUUUAACAUCCGACUCCGCUUCUGAGUAAAUAGACAUAUCAAACAAUAUUGCUCUGAAUCUUGUCAUGGAGAUGAUCACUUGGAGAUGGCUUGUGUGUUAUAGUAAAACUAGACGCUCGAGGAGCGUUCACUCGGGCUUCGUUUGAUACUAUUGCAUUCGCACAAAACACGAGUACAAUUAUAAUUGCUAUGCAUAACGAGAUCUGAAUUGUUGUAAUUUUAUUGACACUGUAACAUCAUUAUGUUCCUGUACAUUAGUCAUAUUGACAACUUUUCGAGUAGAUCACAAUAAUCAUCAUGUCUUCUAUUAAGUACUAACAACUCCAUGCAAAGAGCAAACCAAUAUUCACGAUCGCUUGUAUAAU